CCUCCCCCUCCCCCCGCAGCCCCCGGGAACAAGCCGGAGCUCUAUGAGGAGGUGAAGCUCUACAAGAACGCCAGGGAGAGGGAGAAGUACGACAACAUGGCCGAGCUCUUUGCCGUGGUGAAGACCCUGCAGGCCCUGGAGAAGGCCUACAUCAAAGACUGCGUCUCUCCCAAUGAGUACGUCCCAAGGGGGGGUUUUGGGGCAGUUCUGGUGGUUUGGGGGCAGUUCUGGUGGUUUUGGGGUGAGUUUGGGUGGUUUUGGGGUGGGGAAGGCUCCCGCUCACCCCAACCCUUCCUCCUCUCCCAGCUCUUCAUCACGGUGAUGGACAAGCUGCGCCUGGAGAUCCGCGCCAUGGACGAGAUCCAACCCGAUCUCCGGGAGCUGAUGGAGACCAUGAACCGCAUGAGCCACCUGCCCCCCGACUUCGAGGGGAGGCAGAAAGUCAACCAGUGGCUGCAGACCCUGAGCGGGAUGUCGGCGUCGGACGAGCUGGACGAUUCCCAAGUGAGGCAGAUGUUGUUUGAUUUGGAAUCUGCCUACAACGCCUUCAACCGCUUCCUCCACUCCUGAAAAUCCCAGUUCCCUCCCAGUUCCUGCCCAGUUCCCUCCCAGUUCCAUCCCAGUGCCUCCCAGUGCCAUC